GAGGAGAGGAAAUAUCAGAAGCACUUCUCCGAGCCAUUGAAGGAUCAAAGCUCUCUCUCAUUGUGUUCUCUGAAAACUAUGCAUCCUCAAAGUGGUGUUUGGAAGAACUAGUUCAUAUCAUUGAAUGUAGAAGAUCAAAGAACCAAAUGGUUCGGCCAAUCUUUUACAAAGUGGAUCCAUCGGACGUAAGACACCAACGAGGUACAUUUGGUAAGGCACUUGCAGAGCAUGAGCGCCGAUUCCAAGAUGACAAGAAUAAGGUGUCAAGAUGGAGAGCAGCUCUUUUAGAAGCGGCUAAUUUGUCUGGGUGGCAUUUCCCGAGCGGGUACAUCAUGCACUUAAUCUUACUAAUAGCAAAUUUGUCUUUUAUUUUUAUUUUUAUUGGUGUGUGAUUAUUAAUUAUACAAUACUAUGCACUUUUUCGAAGUAGCGAGGUUUUAUUUUUUUUAAAUGUUUCAUUUGAUUUUAACAUGACAGGCAUGAAUAUGAAUCUAAAUUUAUUGAUAGAAUCAUUAAAGAGAUUUCUGCACAAGUAAUAAAACAUAGCCCUUUGAAUGUGGCAAAGUUUCCAGUCAGGAUAGAAUCUCGUGUACAAGACAUGCUUGAACUCUUAGAUGUUGGGGGAAGUGAUGUACGCAUGGUAGGGAUAUGGGGAAGUGGUGGAAUAGGGAAGACAACAAUUGCUAAAGCUGUUUACAAUACAAUUGCUAUUGAGUUUGAAGACAGUUGCUUUUUGGAAAAUGUUAGAGAACGUUCAGUGACUCAUGAAGGUCUAGUCAACCUACAAAACAGUCUUCUUUCUGAGAUUCAAGGGGGCAAAAAACUGAAUAUAAUCAAUGUUAAUAAAGGAAUCAAUUUGUUGCGUCAAAGGUUGUGAAAUAAAAGGAUUCUGUUAAUUCUUGAUGAUGUGAAUAAAUCGGACCAGUUAGACACAUUAGCUGGAGCACCUGAUUGGUUUGGUCGUGGCAGCAGAAUUAUCGUCACAACCAGAGAUAAGCGUUUGUUGACUGUUCAUGAAGUCAAGCCUAUGUACAAAGCCAGGGAACUAGAUCAUCACGAAGGUUGUGAGCUCUUCAGAUCAAUUGCCUUCAAGAAUAAGAGAAUUUUAGAUGACAAUGAGACGCACUUAGUUAGUACUGUUGUUGAAUAUGCUCAAGGCCUUCCGUUGGCUCUAGUAGUUUUGGGUUUACAUCUAUGUGAUAGACCGGUACAUAAAUGGCAAGCUAUGCUAGAUGGUUUUAGAAGAAAUCUUCCUGAAGGCAUUCAAGAUAUUCUCAAAGUCAGUUAUGAUGGACUGGAAAAAAUAGUGAAAGAAGUUUUCCUCGACAUUGCUUGUUUCUUCAAAGGUUGGAAGACAAAUGAUGUUAUACAGAUACUAGAAGGUUGUGACCGCAACAACCCCAUGCAUAGUAUUGAAGUUCUUGAAGAAAUGGCUCUUAUAUAUGUUGAUCGUUAUGGUGAGAUUUGCAUGCAUCAUUUGCUAGAAGAGAUGGGAAAAGAUAUAGUUCAGCAAGAGUCUAUAGAGCCCGGUGAGCGAAGCAGAUUGUGGCAUCACAAGGAUGUGCAUGAGAUUCUAACAGAAAACACGGGAACAAGUAAAAUUGAAGGUAUAAUAAUAAAGAUGCCUACAGCAGAUGAGAUACGCUUGAGUCCUAAAUGCUUCAAAAAGAUGAGAAAUCUGAAAAUUUUUAUAAACGUCAAUGGACGGCUUUGUGGAAAUGUUGAUUAUUAUCCGAAUCAGUUGCGGUUACUUGAAUGGCGUGACUAUCCGUUGAAAUCUUUGCCUCCCGAUUUUAAUAUGAAGAAUUUGAUUCAACUUAAUAUGCCUCGUAGCCGCAUCUCACGUUUCAAGAGUAUGCAAAAUCUGAAAUCCUUAAAUUUGAGUGAAUGUAAAUUCGUAGCACAAAGCCCAGACUUGUCUGGAAGCCCAAACUUAGAGUUCCUGAAUCUAAGUGGGUGCCAAAGGUUAGAGGAGGUUCACUCUUCGGUUGGAUCCCUCGAAAAGCUUGUUCACCUGAAUCUUCGGCAGUGCUAUAAGCUUGAGAGGCUACCUGAAAAAGUCAACUGGAGAUCCCUCCAAACCAUUCAUCUUGAAAAUUGUGAAAGGCUGGAGAGUUUCCCUGAAAUUGUGGGAGAGAUGAAAUACAUGACAUCCUUGUUUCUAUUCGGCUCUUCCAUCAAAGCAAUGCCUUCAUCCAUUGGAUAUCUAAUUAACCUUGAACAGUUGUGGUUAUCUAGUUGUCGAAACCUCACAGAUCUACCUUGCAGCAUCUAUGAAUUGCAAAAUCUAGAGGGGGUUAUUUUGUCCGAGUGCCCAAAAUUCGUAACAUUCCCAAAUAAGGUGGAGUCAGAAGUGCUUCCAACUUACUCAAAGGUUUCACAUGACAACCGUGACUCUUUAUCGAAAAGAAAGAUACGGAGUGAAGGCAGUUCAUUGGAGCCAGAGCCAGACACUGAAUUCAAUUCGGCGCUUCCUUCGCUACAUGAAUUCUCUGCGUAUGGAUGCAAUUUGUCUAAUAUUGAUUUCCUCGCGUCCCUUGAUUGUGCAUCCACUUUAGAUUACCUUGAUUGUGCAUCCACUUUAGAUUACAUUGUUAUUCUUCCCGAAUGCAUCAUCAACAAAUUUGUCGAGUUGACGGAACUUGAUUUGAGUGGCUGCACGAGGCUCGUAGAAAUUCCAGAGCUUCCACCAAGGAUUCGCGAGUUGAAUGUGAGCGAUUGCGUAUCAUUGGAAAGAAUUUCAAAGUUGUCAAACAUUUUGGAGCGUAAAGAAUCACAAAUGAUUGAGAAGAUGGACUUGACUAAUUGCUGGAGACUCUGUCAAAAUUUGGUUGAGAUGGCAAACAAGGAUGAUGAUGAUGAAGUGCACGCUGAUCUCUUCUCUCGACUCCUAUCUUCUCAGCAAUCCAAAUUCACAAUUACAUUUCCAGUUCCAAGAAGCGAGGUUCCAAAGUGGUUCAGCUGUCAAAUGGAUUUCAUGGGGCAUCUACGGUUUGAAUUUUAUAUCGAAACACUUGCAAAUUUCAAAUGGGACAACGCAGGAUUGGCUCUCUGUGUUGCUUUUGAUCAAAAGCCAUGGGUUACAGAAGACGGUUUGAAUUUUAUUCGUUCUGAUUUUGAGGUCCGUAUUCACAUCAAUGAAGUACUUGUUUCCUUCCUUGAAAUGAGGGUUGAUUCAGGAGAGUCGGAUCAUGUGUGGCUGCACUAUGUUCCCUUCCUUGAAAUGUGGCGAUUUGGUUAUAUGCGUCCAUUGCCCCCUUUUACGUGUCGAGUCAUUAUUUAUCCUUUGUGUUAUCAUCCUAGGGAGUUGUCCUCCAUGAAAAGCUGUGGUGUCCACCUUGUAAUGCCACCCAAUGAAGACGUUUCUAUGAAACUAAUCGGUGCAGAGAACCUCACCAGUGAUGGAACGUACUCCUGGCGUAAUUAUCCUCCCAAGCAGUGGACUGACUGCAAAGAAUUAUAUACUGAUGCACAACUGGAGAAUGAAAAGCUGUAAUUAUUACUGAUGCAGCAUAGCAUUGUCUGGACCAGUGUUACGAAUACAGUCCUAUUCUAAGCUACUGAAAGGUUUAAUUACCAAGAAGCUGGGAUAUGAGAAGAAAGGUAUUCCAAAAGAUGAAGCACCACCUUGCCUGCACAAGCUUGACUUUACCAAGGGACAUCAUUGUGGUAUAUAUAAAUCAAAUUUCCGCCAGUGGGUUAUUGCAAUGGAGGUAAUACUGUAUCUCUGAGUUUCAGAUAUAUGCAUAUCAUGCAAGACACUUGAAUGAAGAAGCUCUGUCGGUGAGUGUGAAAGUGGUUGGGAAGAAGGUACCGCCAUUUUCAUUUGAGCAAUAGCAACAACCCAUUGAAACCCAGAGCUCAAUGACUGGCAGGUUCAGCAAUCAGAAACUGCGGUCUCAAUCUUGAAAGUCAAGUCCCCAACCAAAUUGGCUCCAAUGGAGGCCUGUAACAGCCAUGCCAUUACAUAUAUUCCCAGUUUAUGUCACCCUCAGUGCUAAUGCGGUUGAGUUCAUCUCAACCAUGCUGAAGUUUCAAUAGCUUUUGUUCAAGAGAACAAAAUUCCUGCACAAUUGUCAGCUUCAUAAAUGUUUCCAGCACUCAAAGGCAGAAGAACUGGGGGUAUCUUGCUUUUCGUGGGAGGAAUUCAUUCAGUUGAGAAAUUCAGAUUGUGAAGUACCUCGAAAACAUAGGACUGCUGUUGCACAAUAAUGUAUUCACGUGGAACAACUGGAGAACCAAAAGGCAUAAUUGUUGCUAAUGCAGCAUUAAAGUCAGAGUUGUUUCCGAUGUUUUCAAAGGCGUUGCCGAGGCGCGCCCGGGGCGCGCUCCGGUGUGAGGCGACCGGAAAUUGCCUCGCCGGAUCAAAAUGAGGCGUGCUGCUGGAAAAGCGUCGCCUAGGCGACGGAGCGUUCGCUUUUUGCAGAAGCGGCGCCUGAGGCGUCGGUGCGAGGAAGAAGAAGAAGACGCGAGGGUCUUUUUGUCCUUUUUCUUUCCGUCAAAACGACGUUGUUUUGACCUUUUUUUUUUUUUUUUUAAUUUCCCCCAUACGAAGUCGACAUAUAGUCUACUUCUAUCAGAUUGAGAAGCAAACCUUCUCUCUCUUCUUCUUCAUCGUCAGCGACCUCCGACAAGUCUUUGGUCACUCUGGUCUCUGUGGCUUCUAGCGAAGGAAGGCGAGAAGAGUUCCACACCGAAACGAUGACGGAUGAGGCGUCGGGGAAUCUGAAGUAUGAUUUCUAUUGGAACCCAAAAAAGUGAAGGUAAGCUCUGUAAAUGAAGUUUUUUGGGAUUUUUGGGUACUAUGUGCUGAAGUGGGUAUCAAUGGUGUUUGGUAUCAUCUGCAUCUCAUAUGGGUAUGAGAAAUUUUGGUUCUUGAAUUGUAAUUCUAGUCUCGUAUUUGAGUUCUUUGUUUGCAACCAAUUUUGAAAUAUAGGAAGAGUUGUCAUUGACUUUUUAAUGUGUUUAAGCUUGAAUGAUGAAAUCAAUGUCCAAUUCAUGGUGUUAAUUGAACCACGAGAGUUCUAUUUUGAGGUCGAAGACGGCUUGGAUCAGAGGAAUGUCUCGGCUCAGUUGCUGCGCCUCUUUUUCCAUGACUGCUUCAUUGAGGACUAAUGGAAAGUUAACAUCCCAAACAGUGGACUGUCUGCAAAGGAAUAUAAACUGAUGCACAAAUGGAGAUUGAAAAGCUGUCAUUAGUACUAAUGCAGCAAUGUUAGUAAAGCAUUGUCUAUGGAUCAAUGUGACGAAUAAGGUAUUGAGUAGAGUUUCCUCCAGUGGAACAUACCUUGUUCCAAUAUGCAUAUAACUUAGCCAGCUCAUCAGUUGAAAUUUUGCAUUUGCAUUUUCAUUGGCAGUAGUCUUAUGACUACUGAAAGGUUUAAAUAACAAGAAGUUGGGAUAUCUGAAGUAGUGUCUUCCAAAAGACGAAGCACAAGCUUGACUUUAAAAAGAUUAUCCAUCACAAUCUACACAAAAUGGAUUGGUUGCUUUGGAUAUAUUGAUCUGUCCUUUUGGUCAAGUGUGUUUCUGAGGCAACCAGCCUCGUCCAACUUUACCUCAGAAAACCAAAAACUUUCCCUUCAGAUAAGCAGGUGUUGGAAACUAUGAGUAGAGGUUUUGCUUUAUUGCUAUGGGUUAAAAUAGAACAUAUGCAUAUAUCAUUGGCCAUAGCAAAGAUGUAGAUGGUAUUGGUCUCAUAGCUAGGUCCUUAUUGGACCUUUUUACUGGUACUGUAAUAAUGUAUUACUAGUCCUGAAGACCUGAACUAUGAUAAAUCUCAGACUACUUAAUUUCAAUCAAGAUUCACAAGAAGAGGAAAUGAUGGUGAGUAAAGACUUCUGAAGUCUUAUGACAUCCUAGAUCUGUAGCUAUUUAUUGAGUUAAGACCUUUCUCUCUGAGUCAAUGGGAACCAAAGUUAUAUCAGAGUUUGGGCUAGGACAAAAAUUUGUUGAGAAUUGAAGGACAAUAUUUUGGUGUGACUGAGCUGAUCAAUGUAGAGGUUA